UGUUCUCACGUCUUCCAGGGCAGUGCUUCUUCUAGCUGAAAUGGAGCUGACCACAGCUCUUGGAGGCCUGGCCUGAGGCAUAGAAAAUAGAGAUUAUCUGAGAUUUGAGCAGUGGGGUCACUUGGCAGUGCCCGAUGGCCUGGAGCAGGAGCGCCCCAGGGACUCAGAGCAGCGUCUUCUUAGGAGACAGAGGGAGAGCACCGGGGCCCAGCCAUCACCAAGAGCCUCCUGUUCUGAAUGGGAGUGAAGGCUUCGAGAGGACCUAAGGUUGCUCAGCGGGCCAUGGAAACGGCAGUGAUUGGAGUGGUGGCGGUACUGUUUAUGGUGACUGUGACCAUCACCUGUGUCCUCUGCUGCUUCAGCUGUGACUCGAGGGCCCAGGAUCUACAGGGGGCCCCUGGGAGCAGCUUCACGGUGGCCACGUUUCACCGGGAGGCUUCUCUCUUCACGGGGCCUGGUCGCCAUGCCCAGCCAGGGCCUAGUGCCCGGGACUUCUGGACCUUCAUGUGAGGCCUGAGUCCCUAGGAUUUGCUAUACUGAUGGAUCAGACUCACCCGCCCCUCAGCAAGCCUUCCCUAGCCUUCCACCCCUCCCAGGGCUGCCUCCCAUUCCUUCCCCUCCUGUAACCUGUGAGCUCCCCAUCUCCUCUCCCACCCCAGCCUUCUGUGCCCUCCAGCCUGGGGGAUCCUUGGUAUUGGAACCCCUGAGCCCAGCUGGAGUCAACCCACAGGAUGGGGCUUAGGAGGGGUCUGAGGAGUGAGCGAACAGACACAGCGCUGGACUGCAAGGCCGCCGAGUCUGCUGAGCUACACCAGGAACUGAAAUACCACUGGAAUUUAUUGUAGGCGGUGUGCCUGCGACGCUGGUCUAUUGCCACCUGAGGACACAGCACCCUCAAGUGGACAUUUUUGGAAACCGCUUCUUACUUGCUCUCCUAAUUGAUUCCUUUUGCACAUUGCACAGAACCCAGCCUCCAGGCCUGCUCCCUGCCAUUUGCCUGAAAUCAGCCCUAAAAUUCUGAAGAGCUGCUUCCUGGGAACAAAUGAUUUACUUUAGAACUGAAAAUGUAUAUCCUUUUACGGGCCUUUCCAAAUCUGAUUUGGAGAGAAAAUAAGAGCCACAGAAAGCACAAUGCUUUAUUGAAAGGAAAGCCAGACAUCUGAUUUUUAAACAUAUUUUUAAUGUGUUUUGUAUUGCAAUAUUCUAACAGGUCACUUCUAUUCUUAGAGAAUGUGACUUGCGUUACCCAGGAGUGGCAGAAAAACCAGGAACUGAAAGAUAAUUCCAGACAAGUUAAAAUGUUAUGUUACAUUCAGAGCAUGUAACAAAGCUCUUGUUUUCAUCACAAAUAAAGACAUAUUCAGUUGUUGUUAAUAGAAAACACAUUCUCCCGUGGCCAUGGAAUAAAUGCCGUGCUGUA